CCGAGAACAAUGCCCGUCCUCUCCGCGCGCAGAAGGGAGUUGGCGGACCACGCGGGGUCGGGGCGACGGAGCGGGCCCAGCCCCGCGGCCGGGUCGGGGCCCCACGUCUCGGCUCUGAGAGCCCAGCCAGCCCGGGCCGCGCACCUGUCAGGUCGGGGAACCUACGUGCGCCGCGACACGGCGGGAGGCGGGCCGGGCCGGGCCCGUCCCCUCGACCCUCCCGGAACUAGUCUCCGAGGCCGCGGCGCCCACCGGAGCGGAGAGGGCUGGUGUCCCGGAGCCUUCGAGUCGGGGGCUAGAGCGGCCAGGCCUCCGAGCCGGGUCGAGCCGCGGCUCGCGACGCCUGCGUCACGCGAGGGGGCGGGGCCGCCACGGGCGGAGGUCGCAGCCGGAAGCGGAAGAAGCGCUCGGAGCGGGGAGUGGGGCCUAGCUGCAGCCGGAGCCUGGGAGACGAUGCAUCACUGUAAGCGAUACCGCUCCCCUGAACCAGACCCGUACCUGAGCUACCGAUGGAAGAGGAGGAGGUCCUACAGUCGGGAACAUGAAGGGAGACUGCGAUACCCGUCCCGAAGGGAGCCUCCCCCACGGAGAUCUCGGUCCAGAAGCCAUGACCGCCUGCCCUACCAGAGGAGGUACCGGGAGCGCCGUGACAGCGAUACAUACCGGUGUGAAGAGCGGAGCCCAUCCUUUGGAGAGGACUACUAUGGAUCUUCACGUUCUCGUCAUCGUCGGCGAUCGCGGGAGAGGGGGCCAUACCGGACUCGCAAGCACGCCCACCACUGCCACAAACGCCGCACCAGGUCUUGUAGCAGCGCCUCCUCGAGAAGCCAACAGAGCAGUAAGCGCAGCAGCCGGAGUGUGGAAGAUGACAAGGAGGGUCACCUGGUGUGCCGGAUCGGCGAUUGGCUCCAAGAGCGAUAUGAGAUUGUGGGGAACCUGGGUGAAGGCACCUUUGGCAAGGUGGUGGAGUGCUUGGACCAUGCCAGAGGGAAGUCUCAGGUUGCCCUGAAGAUCAUCCGCAAUGUGGGCAAGUACCGGGAGGCUGCCCGGCUAGAAAUCAACGUGCUCAAAAAAAUCAAGGAGAAGGACAAAGAAAACAAGUUCCUGUGCGUCUUGAUGUCUGACUGGUUCAACUUCCAUGGUCACAUGUGCAUCGCCUUUGAGCUCCUGGGCAAGAACACCUUUGAGUUCCUGAAGGAGAAUAACUUCCAGCCUUACCCCCUACCACAUGUCCGGCACAUGGCCUACCAGCUCUGCCACGCCCUUAGAUUUCUGCAUGAGAAUCAGCUGACCCAUACAGACUUGAAGCCAGAGAACAUCCUGUUUGUGAAUUCUGAGUUUGAAACCCUCUACAAUGAACACAAGAGCUGUGAGGAGAAGUCAGUGAAGAACACCAGCAUCCGAGUGGCUGACUUUGGCAGUGCCACCUUUGACCAUGAGCAUCACACAACCAUUGUGGCCACCCGUCACUAUCGCCCACCUGAGGUGAUCCUUGAGCUGGGCUGGGCACAGCCCUGUGACGUCUGGAGCAUUGGCUGCAUUCUCUUUGAGUACUACCGGGGCUUCACACUCUUCCAGACCCACGAAAACCGAGAGCAUCUGGUGAUGAUGGAGAAGAUCCUAGGGCCCAUCCCAUCACACAUGAUCCACCGUACCAGGAAGCAGAAAUAUUUCUACAAAGGGGGCCUAGUUUGGGAUGAGAACAGCUCUGAUGGCCGGUAUGUGAAGGAGAACUGCAAACCUCUGAAGAGUUAUAUGCUCCAAGACUCCCUGGAGCACGUGCAGCUGUUUGACCUGAUGAGGAGGAUGUUAGAAUUUGACCCUGCCCAGCGCAUCACACUGGCCGAGGCCCUGCUGCACCCCUUCUUUGCUGGCCUGACCCCUGAGGAGCGGUCCUUCCACACCAGCCGCAACCCAAGCAGAUGACAGGCGCAGGCCACGGCAUGAGGAGAUGGAGGGCGGGACUGGGCCGCCCAGCCCCUUGACUCCAGCCUCGACCACCAGGCCCCAGGCCAGAGCCACCCAAUGAACAGUGCAAUGUGAAGGAAGGCAGGAGCCUGCAGGGGAGCAGACUUGGUGCCCAGCUGCCAGAAAGCACAGAUUUGACCCAAGCUAUUUAUAUGUUGUAAAGUUAUAAUAAAGUGUUUCUUACUGUUUGUAACCCCUGGUACCAGUGUGUCCAUCUCCAGGCUCCUUGCCUUCCCCUUACCUGACCUUAUUAAUAAAGUCUUUCUUAGCAGUUCA